UGAAGAAUGUAGGAUUUGAAGUAAAAGUUUCACAACUCUGAUACUAUUUUUCCUUAUAAUUUUGCUUCUAAGUUCCACAAUAUCAAUGGCGGUUGAUUCUAAGCUACAUAUUGCACUAUUUCCAUGGCUAGCAUUCGGUCAUAUGAUCCCAUACUUAGAGCUUGCGAAACUCAUUGCUCAAAAGGGUCACAAGAUCUCCUACAUCUCCACUCCUCGUAACAUCGAUCGCCUCCCAGAACUCCCUCCCAAUCUUUCGUCUUUUAUAAAUUUCGUCAAGAUUCCAUUGCCUCGCUCGGACGAUCUUCCACAAGACGCAGAGGCAACCACUGAUGUCCCAUUCAACAAAGUCCAAUACCUUAAAAAGUCCUAUGAUCGUCUCAAAGAACCACUGACAGUGUUUCUUGAAAAUUCCGAUAUAGAUUGGAUUCUUUACGAUUUUGCAGCUUACUGGCUACCUGAUUUAGCCAACAGUCUUGGCAUUUCACACGCCUUCUUUGGUAUAUUCUUGGGUGCGACGAUGGGUGUUAUUGUGAAGCCAGCAUCACUCACCGAUGAUCGCACAAAACCUGAACAAUUUACAGUCCCGCCAAAAUGGGUUAAUUUUCCUACCAAGGUUGCGUAUAAACUGUUCGAAAUCUUAAGAAUAUUUGAAUCUGUAGAGGGUGAUGCAUCUGGUGUUUCGGACCUUUCCCGUGCGGCAGAGGUACUCAAGGGCUGUGAAAUAAUAGCUAUAAGAAGCUGCAUUGAGUUUGAACCAGAAUGGUUAAACCUACUGGAGGAGAUCCAUGGAAAACCAUGUAUACCUGUUGGCAUGCUUCCUACUACAGGCUAUGAAAAUGGAAAGGAAACCAAUGAGUGGAGAAAGAUCAAACAAUGGCUAGAUAAACAAGACAAGGCAUCUGUAGUGUACGUAGCAUUUGGCAGUGAAGGAAAACCAAGUCAACUUGAGUUAAAUGAGAUUGCUCUUGGGUUAGAGUUAUCAGGGCUGCCAUUCUUUUGGGUGCUGAGAAAGCGUAGAGGGUCAACCGACGCUGAAGUAAUUGAGUUGCCUGAUGGGUUCGAGGAAAGAACCAAAGGGCGUGGUGUGGUGAGCACCGGUUGGGCUCCUCAGCUGAAGAUUUUAGCUCAUGAUUCCAUUGGCGGAUUCUUGACUCAUUCGGGAUGGAGUUCAGUUGUAGAAGCGAGUCAAUAUGAGAGGCCUCUUAUACUAUUAACGUUCUUGGCUGAUCAAGGGAUAAAUGCCAGAAUUUUGGAGGAGAAGAAGAUGGGGUAUUCAGUACCAAGAAACGAGUUUGAUGGAUCUUUCACGAGUGAAUCAGUAGCUGAGUCGUUGAAAUUGGUUAUAGAGAAAGAAGAGGGUAAAAUUUACAGAGAAAAAGCUAAAGAGAUGAGAGUUCUAUUCUGUGACAUAGAUAAACAAGACAAGUAUGUUGACAAUUUUCUUGGUUAUCUUAAGAUCCAUAAGCGACCAGAGAAGGCUCCAAUCAAGUAAGCAUUGCAGGAAAUCAAGAAUAAGAGGUACCAGCAAUGAUAGACACAAUAACUCCUCGUAUGAAUAACUAUGUACCGACAAAACAAAUUACUUUUCUCUGUUUUUUCUUUUUCCUGUUAAAAGUAAAAUCCUAUCCUUGUACCGCCGUCGUCAAUGGUUCCAACCGUUUGUAGUGGUCCUCCCUCCGAUUUUCUUUCUCUUUCCCAGUGUGGUGCUUUCGUCUUGUCAAUGCCUGUUGGGCUAAAAGGGGUUCGGAGCGCGUUUGCAGUCGUCGUAGGAGAGAAGGGUGCGGUGUCGCAAUAUGUGGGACGAUGACGUUGUUGGUAUUGUUGUAGGAGCACCGCCACCGACGACUCGGUUUGCUAUGAAGAUCAAAGCCUCCACGGUAGCUGAUUGCCAUUUUUAUUUUUCUUUUGUUGCGUUUACCGGCCUCCAUGGCCACCACUGAAGUCACUGUUUAUAUAUGCCUUAAAUGUAUAUUAGAAGUAUUGCUGUGUGUUGUUCAUGGAGUCUUGCUUUUUCAAUAUGUGUUUUUCAGUGUCUGGGAUUGGGAGUUUAUACAUCAGCAUUUGUUCUUAA